AGGAAGAGUUUAAGCUGACUUCUGCCAUGAGUUCCCUGGGGAGAGGGAUCCACACUGUGAAGUAUAAAAGACUGGUGAAGUCUCCCUCGCUCCUAAUAAGGCUUGUUCACACACAGGUUACUGUGUCGUGAUUUAUAGUAUCCAGUGUGAAAAUUGUGCUUGUUUGUGUUGAGGUUUGUGUUUAUAUGGCUGCACGCUGUAAUACUUGGGUGCACCCAGUGACACUUUGUCAGGACAAGCCUGCAGGCAGGAAAGGCUUAGCACUGUAACCACAGCUGCCAUUCAGCAAGGUUUUUAAAGUUUUCACGUGAUCUCCUGUGGUGUAAGACAGCAGUCUGAAAGUCUUGGGUAAAAAACACCCACUCUUCCAGCAGCUUAGAUGUUAAUCACUGCUUGCUGUCCAUGUUGUACUCUUUCAGUGUCUCUCUAGGAAUAUAGAGCUUGUGCUACAAAGAAAUCAGCCUAAUCCAACAAAAAGUGGUUGGUUUCUUUAAGGACUUGAUGAUGCAUACAGAAGCAUGUGUACAUAUGCAUGCUUGUCACCUACAGAAUUAAAGAAGGGCUGUCACUUGUGCAAUUCUUGUUUAGACAGAUUGAAGUGGAAGUAGUGUAAAAUGAGUCUUCCUGUGGGGAAGAUGCGUCUUUGGAAAAUCAUGAUCUUAAAGGAGAGUUUGUAACAUUCACAAGUCCUAUCCAUACUGAUUCUUUUUUUUUUUUUUUUUUUUGUAGCUGUUUAUCCUGGCUUUUGCCAGUAGCAGCCAGUCACUACAGUUGCUAAGUAGUCAGUAGCCUCAGCAUUUUUGCUUCCUCAAGGCCAACCUUUCUGGGAGAGCUGGAUUUUUGGUAGGCUGCUGUACAAAGAAUUGGCUGGGUCAUGGAGACAGUUCUAUGGGAAGCCAGAGGAACAAAAUGGGUGCAGGGGAGCUGUGGGAAGUUGAAGGGACUAAAGACUAACAAAGGAACAGGAAUAGUUUGGGGAAGGACAAUGGAGGAAGAAAUAGGAAGUGAAACAGUAGAGACAAACAGGAAGAACAGUGCCAGGAGGGCUGGUCCCUGAAACAGCUGCAUGACGGGAGAAGCCUCUGUUUGGAAAGAGCCAUCUCAGGCCUGGUCUUGUCUGCAGAUCUUUUUCACACAGUAGUGAUCACAGCAUGUUUCCUCUUUAAACCUGCAACUGGAGUCUUGGUUCAGUUAAGACACAGAACAACUAGUAAAGGAAGAGAGAGUGAGGCAUGGGAUGACUUGGAGACAGAACCAUUCGAGACCUGAAGAUCAGAUAGCACUUGUGAUGCUGUUCCCAACCUUUGGAUAAAAGGAAGACUCAUGCCAGUGAAUCUCAGACACGUUUUCUGAACUGUUAUUAGCAUGUGCCUUUUGGAAGGAGUUUGAAUACCUCAUUCUGUUGAAGGGUAUGUUAUAAUUUUGAGUUUAUAAAGGUAGAUAGGUUGAAAUCAAUGAAGGUAGUUUUAAUUGCAAAAUUUGAAUACAUUUCUGCUCUCCUAACUCUCUCUCUUCAUAAUGCUUGAGUUCGAGCUUCAGACGUGGACAGAGAGGUUUGGUAGCUGACUAUUCAUAUGUUUGCUGCUGCAAGGAGAAUACUGGUGACCAGCAAAUCACACUGUGAACUUUACCAUUGAAGGCAGAGUUCUAUGCAUAAAGAGGGUGAAAAUGCCAAAAGUUAAAUAUUACUUAAAUUAUUUUGUGAACAGGAAAGUAUGUUUCAAAGGGAUGUUUAUCCUUUCGGUUUCCUGUAUUCAUCGAGUACUGCUACUGAAUUUGGUACUGAUAUUUGACUUGUUAAAAGUAGGCUGGGUAAGCUGGAGCUGUACUUUGGAGAAUGGAGCUAGGAUGUGGAAGAUCUAGUGACACAGCAGGAUAGUGGGACUGAGAUAUCUUUAAAUGGGAAGAUGUAAUUGAUUCAUGCCUCCCCACCAUCUUUUAAUUGGGAUUUAUAAGUAAUCAUAAUGUACUGAGCUGUGCCAUAUACCAGGAGUUCCUGGCUGUGCUGCUUAGUGUGUCCCCUUAAAACAAAAGCAAACCUGGUUGCUUCUGUGGUUUGUUUACAGUUUUUUCCUACAACCACUGUAAUCAUUUCCUGAAACCGGAACAGUGGUAAGUGGAGAAAGAAACUGCUGCAUAAUGAUCACAGCUUAUUGCUUUGAUAUAACUUACUUAUUGUAAGUCAUGUGACAAUACAGGCCAUAGUUCAAAAGCAAGUACUUUUCCUGGAACUUCAGAGACUAUGGUUGUCUUUCACUUCUUUCAGAGUUGUUUCAGCAGUCCUCCAGCCUGUCCUCCAAUAUCCAAAUCCUGACGUGAAAUGAGUACAGACUUCCGCAAACUUCUUUUUGACGUUUCUGAGGCUUUGGCCACAGAUGAACUGGGGGCUCUGAAGUUUCUCAGCUUGGAGCAUGUCCCUGUGAGGAAACAAGAAGCUAUUGAGGAGCCCAAGGCUUUCUUUGAAGUUCUUCAGGAGAAAGACAUGAUCAAAGUGGGGGACCUGUCCUUCUUGAAGGAGCUGCUCUACCGGAUCAAUCGGAUAGACCUCCUGGCUGGCCAGCUGGGCUCCAGCCGAGAGGAGAUGGAGAGGGAGCUUCAGAUCCCAGGCAGGGCAAAGGUGUCAACGUACAGACAGCUGCUAUAUGGAAUUGCAGAGGACUUAACUCCAGAAGAUGUCAACAGCGUGAAAUUCCUGCUGCAAAAACAGAUACCAAAGAACAAGCUCCAGGAUAAUGCUUCAAUGUUGAAUGUCUUAGUGGAAAUGGAAAGAAAUGGAAUAAUUAAAGAAGAUGACCUGAGAAUUCUGAAGGAUAUAUUAAAGGGAUUUAGAGCUGACCUAAAAAAAAGAAUUGAUAUCUAUGAAGAAAAAACAAAAGAAAAUGGUUCUAAGGAAAAACUCAGCUACCCAAUCUGUGUGUCUCUGCAUCCAGCAGGACAAGGAGCAGAGGGUGGGACACCACACCUGCUUGUGGAAUCAUACAAGAUGGAAAAUAACCCCCAUGGCUACUGUGUGAUUCUUAAUAACCACAAUUUUAAAAAUCCGUGUGAAAGCAGAGAAGGAACAAUAGAAGAUGGAAAGGCUCUGAAGAGGGUCUUCAAGUGGCUUCAGUUUGAGACAGUUGAGCACAUGGAUCUAGAAGCAAAAGAAAUAUAUGAGACAGUUAAAGAAUACAGCAAAAAAGACCAUAGCAACAUGGACUGUUUUGUUUGCUUCAUUCUUUCACAUGGUGAAAAAGACAAAAUAAAAGGCACUGAUCAUGAGUUCGUAAAUAUUAAAGAUUUACUCACCUGCUUCAGUGGAUCUAAUUGUCCUUCACUUGCUGGCAAACCCAAGCUGUUUUUCAUCCAGGCUUGCCAAGGCUCUGUAGGUCAUCCAGCUGUCACAGUAAAAGAAGACUGUUCUGGCCAUCUCGAGAUGGAUGCUAUCCCUCUGCCUUCCAUUCCUGACCAGGCUGAUGUUCUGGUUGGCAUGGCUACUGUGGAAGACUUUGAGUGCUACCGCUGUAUAAAGACUGGCAGUGUUUACAUUCAAUGCCUCUGUGACAAGAUGAAGUUACUUUGCCCACUCCGCAAGGAUAUCGUAACCAUCCUGACAGAAGUGAAUAAGGAAGUGGGAAGAAAAGUAUUAAAUGGAUGGAAGCAGAUGCCAAAGAUAACAUCAACCCUGCGGAAGCAGUUUAUCUUCCAGAUUCCACAGUGCCAGUCAACAGAAAAAUAAGAAUAUACUCGGUUAAGAAUAACUUCUGUAAUGGGCUUCCACAGGGAAUUCAAGAGAAGUUGCAACAGAAAUUGUCUAGAUCUGUGUAGUUAGUCCCAGUCCUGCAAGGGGCCGUGUGACCCAAUUUUUUCAAAUCCCAUGUUUAAUGAAUCUUCUGGAACUUGGAUCACUAGCAGUCUGCUCAGGCAGUGGAGUUUGGAUCGCUUCAGCCCUGCUUUCAACUGAGAAAACAUUUCCAAGCAGUAUGAUUUUUAAGUGUUAUGGGAAUUGCCAAUAGAACUACCAUAGAAUCACAGGUUCAUAGAAUCAUUAAGGUUGGAAAAGACCUUCAAGAUCAUCUGGUCCAACCAUCACCCUACUACCAAUGUCACCCACUAAACCAUGUCCCUAAGCACCAGGUCCAACCCUUUCCUUGAACACCCCCAGGGACAAGUGAUGCCACCACUUCCCGGGGCAACCUGUUCCAAUGCCUGACUACCCUUUCUGAGAAGAAACGUCUCCUAAUUUCUAACCUAAAUUUCUAACCUAUUGUUUCUGUCUCUGUUGUUAAAAGAGAGUAAGACCUUGAAAUCCAGAUAUAUUCAGAGCACAGAUCCCUUCUCAGAGACCUUGUGUGAAGUUGUAACUGUAUCAUGCAAGGAAGUACCCAGAAGUGAGUAAUUGCCUAACUCUGGAAACUGCAUAGUUCUUCACAGAGAAUAAUGUCCCUGUCCAGAAGGACCAAAAAAAAAAGAUGAUGAUACAAGUCUGAUUGUUUUCCUCCAAGUAUUUUGUUUUGCUUUAUGUUACUAAUUUACUUGGCUGAACAGCACUGCUGGUUAGGAUUUUUAAUAGUAAGGAUUCUAACUGUGUUACUUCACAGAGCACUUAAGGAGCAGUCUGUUUUGGAGGGCUGAUGACUACUGGAAGGAAGGUGCCACUCCAUUAGAUGCACAGUUCUGAGAUGCUGUCCCCUCCUGGCAACUGUACCUCCUGUGGGCUCUUAAUCUCUGUUGGAAUAAAUACUGAUGGUUGUCACAUCACCCUCGGUUGUGGUGUGUUUCUCUCUUAGAGGAGCUGACUGAGGGACAGUCAGCACAACAAACACAACAAACUUCUUCAGCUGAAGAAGUUAUUUUUGCUCUCAUUGAAGUAUGCAAUGGCAGCCACCCUGAGAGUGUGGCAUAUUGAUAUCCUUUCAUUAUCCUUUCAUUAGAGAUGGUAGAAAAGAGUAAAUUAAAUUCAGGACAUUCAUGAUAAUGGCAGCUGAUGCCAUGUUCUUACCUUGCAUCUUCAGCAAUGUGUACAUGGUGUGUGGGAGCUGCCCAGGAGUCUAACAGAC